UUUAAUGCGAUAUUCAUCACCGGGUACUCCAGGGUUGACAUUCAAUGUGCAGCGGCAUUUGAGUGUGAAUGUUUGGAUAAGCAUUCUGAGUUUGUUCUCUAUCGUAUUCAGUUUGGGCGGCUACAUUUUCGCACUUACUCGAUAUUUACGUAGUCGUCUUACACAGGAACUUCAAGUUGAAUUGAUACAAAUCUACGAUGCACAGAUUGGGUAUUUCAUUGUUUUUGGCAAUCGCAACGACGUGCCGACCAUCCGUUUCCCUGGAAGACGGGUGGAACGAGCUCUCCUGCCCGUUGAUCCAGGAAGCUCGCCUGGAGUUGCUCUGCGGUGGAGUCUACACCGCCGAUCUCUUUUUGAAAUACAAGGACGCUCUGACUACCGUUAAUGCACCCUACAAGGUCUUCUACCAUCUCCAGAAUGGGUUCUACUUUCUGCUGGUUAGCUUCAACGAGUCUCCAGUACAGAGCUGUGAAAGCACGAUCCAGCUGAACGAUGGCUUGGACUUCUUUUGCGGGGACGGUGAAUCGCCUUUGAGACUGCCGGACUCCCAGGUAUUUUGCCACAGGAACAUAAUGAGCUACGUGGACGACUUGAUAUACGAGUGCACAAAGCCACGAAUUACGCAUUUUUUAGGUGCGGAAUGGGAGGGAGCAGCUGCGGUCCACUAUGCUGCCAAGUCCAAAAAACUUAAGCUGGGUUCUGCUGCCGGAAUGCCUGGCUUAGAAGCUUUGCUGCCCUGUCUGGCAUGCGUCUUGCUUCAAAAGUGAGGUUGCUGUCAACUGAUAUAU